UGGUGUGAUAGGAUUUGUGGACCACUAUAAAAAAAAUGUUUAAGAUAAUUAUUGAAUUUUAAAGGUCUUUCAAAUAGAAAUGACAAAAUACUCAAAAGUCAUUGAAAAACUGUUUUUCAACGGCAUGUAACAGAAAUAUAGCCCAUCUCUUACUGCAUUAGUGUAAUGUGUAAAUUGUUCUUACCCAUCUAAUAAAUAAACCUCAAGUCAGAUAUUUCUAAUGUUUUAAAUAAGAACAUCUACUCCAUUCUAUCAAAUGCCUUGGGUAGACAUGGGUACGAGGCGAAUCCGAGCUACUGUAUUUCAAAGCCUAAUAUGGAAAAUAUAAUUGAUAAUUUAUUGAUUUUUCUCAUACAACUCCUCCAGAAACCUUUCAUUCAAAUGGAAAACAUCUUCCAAGUGUUUACAGUGAGUGCUGAGGAAUUUCAGAAUGAUGAGAAUCCCAUUCUGGAACAAGAACAGACAGAGAUACCACAACUCAAACAAGUUCUGGAGGAUAUGAAUGAGAGACACUCAAAGACUGCAGUUAAAGACUAUAUAUCUGGAGUCUAUGGGAUCCUCUCCUUGAUCAAAGCGGCCAACUCCAACGACUCGACGAUGGUUGAGAUGAAAUCAAACAUGUACCAACUGCUAAAGGAUUCACUGGAGGAGCAGCUUUCUACCAUCACAUCCCUCUUGACAAAACAUUACAACGACCUUAAAAAACUCCUGUCAGAGGGAGUUGCCAAGUCAAAAAAAUCAUGCUUGCAGAUUGCCAAGGAGAAAGUAAUCACACCAGAGGCAAAAAAGGAUGGCAGAGGAUACCAUCGUACAUUGUCAUCUUUAUGUAGGAAUAAGGGGUUCUGUAGGUCAACAAAUGGAGACAUCACAGACCUCAACAAAACGUUGGCUGAAUCUAUGUACACUGCCAUAAAUGAGAAAUUUGCUGUAAUUUUCCCAAAUGCUGGAACAACAGGAGAAUCAAUCUAUGAGAAGAUCUGCAACUUCAGCAUCAUCUCAGACAACAUGGCCAAGGAGUGGGAGAACAGCCCCAUGUCUCUGUAUCUGAUGUUUCUCACCACCGAGGAAAAUGUUUUGAAGGAUAAACUAAAACGAGAUGUCGUCCUGAGGAAGAAAGUGAUUUAUGAAUCUCUGACUGACGAAGUCAAGACCAUAAUGUGCCCAUGUUAUGAGGAGGCUUCAAACAUAUCUGGAAAGGGAACCUUGACGAAGACUCAGGAACUGCUGGUCCAGCACAUCGACUCAUCGAAAAACAUGUUUGCCAAUGCUCAGAAAAAGAUGUUGGAAGGUUUUGAGAACCUAAUGGAAUACAUAGAGCAGAUGCUGAGAACCGAACUACUGGAGUCAUUGAAGCGGUCCCUGAAGACCCCUAACAGUUUAUCUCUCCCAGAUGUCAGUGAGCAGUUGAAAAACAUGGAGACCUACAAGAUGUUGGCUCUAAGAGAUCGCACAAGCCAAAUCUGACUGUUGAGAAGAGUCAUAAAGCAGAAGUAGUGACAUGAUGGUAAACCAUUCAAAACCCUUGGCUAUAAAAAUAUAUAUACUCAAUGUGUUGAUCCUUUACAUAUUCUAUACUCAAUGUGUUGAUCCUUUACAUAUUCUAUACUCAAUGUGUUGAUCCUUUACAUAUUCUAUACUCAAUGUGUUUAUCCUUUACAUAUUCUAUACUCAAUGUGUUUAUCCUUUACAUAUUCUAUACUCAAUGUGUUGAUCCUUUACAUAUUCUAUACUCAAUGUGUUUAUCCUUUACAUAUUCUAUACUCAAUGUGUUGAUCCUUUACAUAUUCUAUACUCAAUGUGUUGAUCCUUUACAUAUUCUAUACUCAAUGUGUUUAUCCUUUACAUAUUCUAUACUCAAUGUGUUGAUCCUUUACAUAUUCUAUACUCAAUGUGUUGAUCCUUUACAUAUUCUAUACUCAAUGUGUUGAUCCUUUACAUAUUCUAUACUCAAUGUGUUUAUCCUUUACAUAUUCUAUACUCAAUGUGUUGAUCCUUUACAUAUUCUAUACUCAAUGUGUUUAUCCUUUAC